AUGCGGAGAUUAGGACGACAGUUUCCGCAUCGUAUGGCCUUUUCACGGCUACCUCUUCUUCUUUCGCACCGCAGCGUGGCAACAGACGGUUGGGACGGCAGUAGUGAUGGUGUGAAUAUGAAUAAUAACAUGAGUAGUGCUGCUAGUAAUAGUAGUGGUAGUAGCUAUUACGAUUACCUUGAUCACCUUUGGAAUCGUCAGUGGUUUGGUGCGACGGAGGGUUUAGAGCCGCUGCCAGAGACAUCACCAUUUGCUAAUUUAUUUGUUGGAUGUCAAGAAAUGUUAGGACUUGAGCCGGCCAUCGCUAUUCUUCUCUUUGGUGCUAUCAGUCGUCUCUCUACACUUGGCUUCUCUCUCUAUGGAGAGCGGGCAUCAGAGCGGAUGCGAAGAGCCAUGCAGCGAUUAAAGGCACCGCAUGAGGCCUUUCAGCGAGUGUACUAUCGUGAGGGAUCAAGUGCGUUGGAUAUACAACUUGCUGCUACUGCAUUGAAAGGUGAACGUCGCCGUGUUUUUUCUGAAGAGAAGACAUCUAAUUUAAAAUGUUUGACAUCAUUAAUGGGAACACCUAUUGUACUUUUUGGACUUUUUCAAACAACUGCUCUUUGUGAAAAUCCACGACUUGAUAUUGGUACCUCCUCAUUUUUGUGGUGUACAGCAAUGACAUUACCAGAUCCUUAUGGAGUAAUCCCAACAGUGUUUUGUCUUUUGACGUUAAUGAAUUUUGAGUUGUCUAUCAGUAAAGAAAUGAAAAUUGGAUGGAUGUCCAAUAUUAUCUGGGGAGCACGUUUGGGAUGUCUUUGUGUUCUUCCUGCUAUGAUACAUAUCCGUGCUGGAGUUGCACUCUACUUUGUUGGUAUGAGUUUGAUUGGUUUACUUCAACCGUUAUUGCUGCGCAUGGAUGUAUUCCGUAAACGUUUUGAUUUUCCAGAUCAGAAACUUGUAAAAGAUAAGAAGUCUACAACUUCAGAUGAUGAACUUCACACACGUAUGUCUGUUCAAUUUCCUUACUUGGCCCAUUUAUUUAACCCAGAAUCGGAGGAAAACACAGAAUUGUUAAAGAGUGCAUCUAAUGUAAGAAGACCUAUUUCUUCCUGUUGUAAUCAACGUGAAGCUUCCGCCCACGUGGGAGGUUUACACUCCAUUAUGCGGGAAGAAAUACCACGCAUGGGAGGACGUUCACAUUCCUCAUCUACUACUACUAAUACUACUACUACUUCAGCAACAGCUUCAUCAUCAUCAUCAAGGAAAGGGGCUGAUUUCGCAAAGUCAGGAUGGAAGACGACACAAUUGGAAUUUAGUGAAGAAGACUUUAUUUCUGAACUAGGUGGAUUCGACAAGGGAAAAGGUAAUGAAAGAAAGUAG